UCAUUCAUUUUCUACCGCUUAUCCUCACGAGGGUCCCGGGGGUGCUGGAGCCUAUCCCAGCUGUCUUCUGGUCAAGAGGCGGGGUACACUCUGGACUGGUGGCCAGCCAAUCACAGGGCACAUAUAGACAAACAACCAUUCACACUCACAUUCAUACCUAUGGACAAUUUGGAAAAACCCCAACUGUCGACCCAGCGUUCAGUUCCCCUCCUUAAGGCAGAGGGAGUGACGUUCACCAACGUAAGAACCAAACCUCACUCCCAUCCAGUUGACGGCACCGAUGUAACCCGCCUGGACCGCCUGGACCUUCGGAAUGGGAGACAGGAGCGCCGACCCUUUAGGCCGUAGACCUGCACAGAAACACUGGCUGGCAGCCAUUACACUCUCACUUUUAAGUCUCCAAAUACCAAAAAAAAACGCUCCAACUACACCAAAAAAAGAUACUAAAUAUGUAGCUAGUCGCUUUUGAGAAGAUACAUCACUAAGACGGUUUGGAAUGUCACAGGAUUUAACAGCAAAGUCACCAACAUUAGCUAUUAGCAUGUUAGCUAAGAAAAUGCUAAUUAUUAGCCGUACAACAGGAAAAACGAGCCGUCACAUUAAAAGAUGGUAGAUGUAAUGUUAUACCAUUAAUAUCGACGUAAUAAAAACCUUUUCUCACAUCAUUCAGUAUUUAUCCGCAGAUAUGUUGAUGAUAUGUCUUCCUCGGUUCGGCCAUAAACCGAUGUAACCCGCCUGGACCUUCGGAAUCGGAGACAGGAGCGCCGACCCUUUAGGCCGCAGACCUGCACAGAAACACUGGCUGGCAGCCAUUACACUCUCACUUUUUAAGUCUCCAAACACCAAAAAAAAACUCUCCAACUACACAAAAAAGAUACUAAAUAUGUAGCUAGUCACUUUUAAGAAGAUACGUCACUGAGACGGUUUAGAAUGUCACAAGAUUUAGCAGCAAAGUCAACAACUUGAACAGCAGAACAUUAGCUAUUAGCAUGUUAGCUAAAAAUAAUGCUAAUUAUUAGCCGUACAACAGGAAAAACGAGUCGUCACAUUAAAAUAUGGCAGAUGUAAUGUUAGGCCAUUAAUAUCGACGUAAUAAAAACCUUUUCUCACAUCAUUCAGUAUUUAUCCGCAGAUAUUUUGAUAUCUUUUCCUCGGUUCGGCGAGUUUACAGCCACUUGAUAAUUGCAGGUCUAUCAAGUAUCAGCAGAGGGCGCUGUUGCCUCAAUUUGUCAUAUAUACAACAUGAGUCUACUAUGUAUGUUUACACAUGGGUAGAAAAAAAUGGAUUUCAAAAUAUAUAUUUUUUUAAAAGCUAUCUUUUAAGGAUGUGGUUUGAUAUGGAGGGUAUUCAUGAAAUAAUAUCUUGAGUUGUGUUGUUGGGUAAAAAAAAAAAAAAGAGAGAAGUAGACCUUCCCUUUUCUCUCUGUCUACAGUAUACAUUGAAGAAAUAUACUCAAAAUUGACACAUCCUUUUAGGAGGUGGCUGAGUUAGGUCAUCAGAGAUAUGAAAGCAACAGCUGGACUCUUGCUGUUGCUCGUCACAGUUUCUCAAGGCGCGCGAAGUGCCUGUGAUGGCAGACAAAAUGGUGCUCAGUGUUAUGGAAAACUGGGAAGUGAUAUAUCCCUCCAUUUGAUGGACAACGCCUUAACUAUAUUUAGAUAUGAAUGUCAGCAAAACAAGACGAUUUUAUUUAAAGGGGGAACAAGUCGUGGAUUGUCUCAACUACCCGAAAGAUUCGUCUUCACCCCAGAAGAUGGAAUGAUGAAGAUAGAAAAGCUGAAGAGGACGGAUAGUGCCAACUAUACGAUUAUAACCGAUGAUGAAAGUGGAACUCGGCAAGUACAAUGGACUCUAGUGUUGUUUGUUGAAGCUCCUGUGACCUCGGUCCACAUUGCUUGGACGUGUCUGUCCCAGGGACAGCAGUGGGUGUCGUGCUCCUCCAACGGAGGGGACAAUCUCUGGUACAAAUUGACCCUGAACAACCAACCGCUGGAGGACAUCGACCUCCAUUCUGGACAUCUUCAAACAAACGUCACACUGAAGCGGCGCGUCUCUGGACAGCUAGCCUGCACUGUUAGCAAUAACGUUGGCCGUGUCUUGGAAAGCGUGCGGAUAUAUCCUUGUGGUUUCAUGAACUGCACCUCAAACGGGACUCGUAUAAUUGGGUGGUUUCCUGAAAACAGUCAAGUCCAGUGUGAUGAAUAUAUCCCAGAAACCACGCCCCCUCAAAGUAAGAAUUACGUGCUGAUAAUGGCCGGCGUCCUCUCGGCACUCGUCACCCUGUUAGUGAUCGCGGUGGCCAUUGUGGUUUUGUCUCAGAAGAAAAAGCAAAGCAGCUCACAUUCAGAUGAACCGGAUGUGACGUAUGCCGACAUCAGGAUCAGGAAUCAGCCGCAGAAUAAGCCGGUAAAAGCCAGACAGGAAGCGGAGGUGGAAUACGGCCAAGUCAGGUUUCCACAGCAACAACGCCAAAGCGUUGCUCACCAACAAGAUGGAUGUCUUUACGCCAAUGUCCGCAAAAACAGGUGAUUUUAGUGUUGAGGGCAGAUGGCCGAGGUGUUGUUACCAAAUACCCUAUUUUCCGGACUAUAAGUCGCACUUUUUUUAUACUUAUACUUAUACUCCAGAGCAACUUAUAAAUGUUUAUGUUCCAUAAACACUGGACACCUUUUCUGUUUGUUUAUUUUUUGUGUAGCUGAAUAAGCAUUGUGUUAGCAUAUCUUACACCUAUUCAGCCUGUUCUCUAUUCUUUUAUUAUUAUUAGAACUUGCCUUCCAAGAGGACGUAAUGUCUGUUUUGGUCAAGUAGUUCAAAUAAAUUACCUGCAAAAAAUGUGACUUAUACUCCAGUGCAACUUAUGUAUGUUUUUUUCUACCUAAUUAUGCAUUUUUGGCCUUGUGCGACUUAUACUCCAGUGCGACUUAUGUAUGUUUUUUUCUACCUAAUUACGCAUUUUUGGCCUUGUGCGACUUAUACUCCAGUGCAACUUAUGUAUGUUUUUUUUUUUUAACCUAAUUAUGCACUUUUGGCCUUGUGCGACUUAUACUCCAGUGCAACUUAUGUAUGUUUCUUUCUACCUAAUUAUGCAUUUUUGGCAUUGUGCGACUUAUGUAUUUUUUUUCUACCUAAUUAUGCAUUUUUGGCAUUGUGCGACUUAUGUAUUUUUUUUCUACCUAAUUAUGCAUUUUUGGCCUUGUGCGACUUAUACUCCGGAGCGACUUAUGUAUGUUUUUUUCUUCCUACUACUUAUGCAUUUUUGGCCUUGUGCGACUUAUACUCCAGUGUGACUUAUGUAUGUUUCUUUCUACCUAAUUAUGCAUUUUUGGCAUUGUGCGACUUAUGUAUUUUCUUUCUUCCUACUUAUGCAUUUUUGGCCUUGUGCGACUUAUACUCCCGUGCGACUUAUGUAUGUUUUUUUCUACCUAAUUAUGCACUUUUGGCCUUGUGCGACUUAUACUCUAGAGCGACUUAUGUAUGUUUUUUCUACCCAAUUAUGCAUUUUUGGCCUUGUGCGACUUAUACUCCAGUGCGACUUAUGUAUGUUUUUUUCUACCUAAUUACGCAUUUUUGGCCUUGUGUGACUUAUACUCCAGAAAAUAUGGUCAUUUUUCAUGACCUCUACAGAGUAUUUAUUUGGAAAGAUUUGUGGAAAACGUUGUUGAUAUUUUCCCGUCUGUAAAGAGAUGGACGUGAAUCCUGAAACAUUUUGCCGUGUUGUCUCUGGGUGGGGUCAAACCUUUGCUCCCCGCGUCGUGAUAUCAACAUGACCCGUUUUUACGUGGAGAUAAAUGUCUUAUGUAAUGUGUUUUGUGUUAAAUAGUGUAACAUUGUUUUUAUUUCGCUGUGCUACGGACAUCUUGGGACUUAAAAUUUUUUUUUGUUUAACACGAGUUUGGGCGGGUGGUUUGAGGUCAAAGUUCGACAACCGCGGUCAACCGUUUAGCUGAUUCACAGCCCAUCAAAAGUCUUUAUGGUGUGUGUGUGUGAUAGUCGCCGUGUCCUUAAACAACCAUCUGAGAUUAUUUUUAACCGAAGGCUCUCCUUAAAACUCAGUUGAACCUUUGACUGACAUAAUCUAGCGAGCAAAUAAUUGAUAACGUAACGCCAGGAUCGUAAAGAAGCUCAAACAAUUGGGUGCCAUUUUAGGGUCUAACGUAUUUGUGUCCGACAAAAACCGCGCGGGAUUCUCGGCUGCUGUUCUUAAAUUGAACGAAAUGAUUUUGAAUUAUUAUAUACAUGAUAAUUCAAUAAUAUUUAAUAAUAUAAAUAAUUAUUUUUUUAGCCAAAUUGUGUGUCCAGUGCACCCUUUUUGUUUGGAGUGUGUUUGUAUUGUUGUAUCAUUUUGUUUAAAAAAAAUAAAAAAUAAAAUAAAAAAAAAUAUAUAUUAUUUUUUAUUUCAGCAUAUUGUUUUUAUUAUUUAUUUACAUAAUAUAAAUAAUAAAUAUAAAUUAAAUAAUAUAAUUUAAUCUCCAGUAAUUAUGUAAUUAAAUAUAAUUUAUAAAAAUUAUUUCAAUAUUAAUUAAUUUUAUAAAUUAUUAGUUUUUAGCCAAAUUGUGUGUCCAGUGCCCCCUUUUUGUUUGGAGUGUGUUUGUAUUGCUGUUGACGUUUUGUUAAAAAAAAAAUAAAAAAAAAUUGAAAAAAUAAAGUAUAAAAAAAUAGAUUUUUUAUUUCAGCAUAUUGUGUUUUUAUUAUUUAUUUAUAUAAUAUAAAUAAUAUCAACAUAAAUGUAAUAAUAUAAUUUAAUCUCCCAAAAUUAUGUAAUUAAAUCUAAAUAUAAUUUAUUUUUAAAAAUUAUUUUUUUUUCCACUCAAUUUCUGCAUUAUUAAAUACUACUUCAAAACUUUUGGAUAUCGGUAACUGAAUGUUGUUUUUAAAAAAAUGAUAUUUUAAACAGGACAUCUGUCCUCGUCUAUUUUCAUAACUUCUUUGUUUCAUCUUUCAUAAAGUCCAGUCGAUGUACCGCCGACAUAACUAAACCUCCAAAACACACGGCAGCAAUGAUUGUCUCCAUGACUGCUCGGGGGAAACUCAUUUUAUUAACAAAAGCAAAACAUUUCAACGUGUAAACCCUUUUUUUUUGAUAAGUCGAAUGGAGAAGAUAGACGGACAGAUGCGGGUGCAAAGUUUUUAAACGUCCAUCUUCCUCUUUUUGAACGGAAAGAUGACGCUGGAUGGAAGUUUGUGGUGAUGGUCCGUGUAUAGUAACUUUGUAAACAAGCUAGCGUUCCUUCAAUAAACGCUUGAGGGGCAGUGACUUGUGUUUUUUUUUUUUUUUUUUUCGUAAAAUCCUGCAGCUGCUGAAUCGAGAAUUCUGUGUGUGUGUGUGUGUGUGUGUGUGUGUGUGUGCGUGUGUGUGGGUGGAGGUGUAAAGGGCAGCGGUUCAUGAGUCAAGCUAUUGAGCAAUGGGCAGCUUGCUAGUCAGGAUGUGGCUGCUGUCUGCGUGUUUUAUACUUCUCCAUGUUUUCCGCCUUCAUGUCAUCUUAGAUAAAUUCACACCCGCAAAAAACAAAAAAAAAACAAAAAAAUUAAAAUAAAAAUUGUCAUGUUACUGAGCAAAAUAUAAAAAUUGUGCUGAUGUUGUGUUUUUUUGAGGGGGCUUUAACACGACAUUUUCUGCAUCGCUUUGGUUGUCUUUUCUUAGGAAAUUUCUCUAAAAAGUAUCACUUUCAAGUAUCUAAAAAUAGUAUUUUACUCGCUUAUACACGAGUAUGUGUUCAGUUUGUAAUAUAACGAGACCCUGUACUCUUACCUGGAAGUGCAAUUCACAUUAAGUUACAUUUUUGAGCAUAAUAAACUGGAAAAAAAAAAAAAGUGAAAACGUCACAUAUUCGCAUUUUCAUACACAUGAAAAUAUCGUAAUUUAUAUACAAAUCCUAACUACUCAAUAUUCUUGUUCUUUCGCAAACCAUUUCUCGAUUAAUUAUUCAGUACCUUCAUACAUUCACAGAUUAAAAGUUGUCAGAAAUAGUUCAUUUCAGACUAAUGCCCUUAUUGUGAAAUGCUGACAGAUACUUCCUCCCUGUUAUAUGAACUCCAUUUUGUAUUCUGAUAUGGCAUUGGAGAGA